AUGAAUCGCAACAGAAGUGAAGCUAGGAGAGGCCCGCACCGGAUGCGACCAAGCAUCUCUGAGUUCCUCCAGAGUAGCAUUAUCAUACCCGAGAAUGGAAACGGCGCGCUCCCGGCGGGCAGUAACCAACGACCUUCCGAUGGCAAUAAUCUUAUUGAAGAUGUAGUUCAAUCUCGAGAGACACAUGAACCUACUCCUUCUACUAGCGCAUCUACGUCGUCCGUCACAGCCCCUUUGGGGCCAUCUGAUAAUCAUCGUCAGGCGGGCUCUGUAUUGCGCAAGCCAAACAGAAGACAGCAGCCACAGAAGAGUUUAAGUCCUAAACCGUACGCUGGAGCUUCGAAACAUGAGGCUACUGAGAGAUCUACUAAUUCAAGCGCUAGCUAUGGACACGGUUUGCGUCAAUCAUCUAACACAACUGGUAUUAAACCUCAGUGGGCAGACUGGGAAAGAAUCUGCCUUCGUAUACACAACCUCCCUUCCAAUAUUACAACUCGUGACAUAUGGACCGUCUUCAAAGGUUAUGGCGAAGUUGUCACCAUUGAGCUCUUUGAGAGAAAGAACACUGGAGAGCGGGACGGAAGUGGGCGUGUUCAUUUCAGGCCACCUCCCACCACGCAAUUCUGGGAGGAUUUCAUGAUAGUCAACAUCAGGGGUAAACCAACCAAGAUCAAAGUUGAGCUUCAAAAGGAACAGCCAUUGCUUAAAGUCCAAGCCGCAAGUGGCCAUUCUUACUCUAGCUUGAUACACGUCAAGAUGGACUCUUUGCAAUUCGGCGUACUUGCUCAUGAGAAUGGAAUGAUUCCCCUGAGAACAAUCCAGAGCAACAGCAGACGACAUGGCUUUUCCUUAGACGCCGAUCUCCAGCACAAGAGACUUGAGAUUGUGUUUGCCUGCAGGAUUCAAGACCCGCGUCGCAAAGAUCCUAGCAUACAGCACCCUGAUCCUAUUGGAAAGGAAGAAGUCACUCAAGAGUAUAAGGCUCAGAUCCCGUUCGCACAUCUGAAGAAAAUCAUCUUCGUUGACUUUGACGAGGGAAUGUGGGCCCUCGUCAUCCCCCUACCAACACCCCCAGCCUUCUACGUGAAGCAUGAUCUUGCAGGGUCUCACUCGGACAGCAAGACCAUAUGGUCCAUACGAGAUGCUUGGGAUCGGACUGUCGACAUUACUUAUGACACAACAUGGUUCAAGAAUGACCCGGUAUCGUUACCUAGAACCAAUCAGUUCAUUGAUAUUGGAAGAUGGACCGUGUACCGGCUCAUCUUCCCGAAAUCUGCCCUCCCGAAUUGGGCUGUAAUGAAACCCGCAUUGCAGGAUUUCAACAUCAAGAUAGAUUAUAAGGCACCAGGCGAAUUCUCAACCGUCACGACGCAAGUCCCGAGCUUCUGGAGCAAGCUUGAACCACAAAGGCCGAGCAACUUAGGACCUAACUCUAACCUAUCUCUUCUUGCUGACACGGAAGACAUCCACCUUCCCUAUAAUGUCCGAUAUCAGCUUGAAGCAUGUAUAUCCCAAGGAUUUUUGAACGAGGUCGACAUAACAACUGAAUUUUUGCAAAGAUUAGCGGAUCUCUCGAAAGAUCAUACUAGGCGACGCGACAGGGCGAAUGAUCUCUUGAUGUACAUCUCACAGCCUCGCACUGGAAGCCGUCUCGAGGAUAGAGAUAAGCUUGACGAGAAGAGGAUCUAUGACCCAAUGAAACUCUUCAAGGACAAACGAGCAAUGAGCCAUUAUCCCGAAAUAUCGCUUCCUGAAAACACUCAAUGGAUGAGAAAAGUUGUGGUGACACCAACGACUUUGUACCUCACUAACCCAGCGCCAGAAGCGAUGAACCGUGUCUUGCGCCAGUUUUCAAAGUACCAUGAUCGAUUUAUUCGCGUUCAAUUCACCGAUGAAAUAUCCAGGGGCCGCAUUUUCCCAACCCCAGGCAGUGUGCAGGAUAAUGCGUUAUUCAAUAGAAUACAUCGAACUCUAUCAAACGGUAUCCGGAUUGGUGGUCGACAUUUCGAAUAUCUUGCUGCUGGAAACUCGCAAUUCCGAGAGAAUGGCGCUUAUUUCUUCUGCCCGGACGACUUCCUAACUUGCGACAGUAUUCGAAACUGGAUGGGUGAUGUCACCCACAUUCGGAUCGUAGCCAAGUACGCAGCUAGACUUGGACAGUGUUUUUCAACAACAAAGCUGCCUAGGUCAUCACCUAUUGGCCAAACAAUCGUACAAAUCCCCGACAUCGAGCAUAAUGGUUGGUGCUUCACCGACGGAGUUGGGAAGAUUGCGCCUAGCCGCGCCAAAUUUCUGAUACAAAAUCUCAACACGAGUAACAUCAUCACUCAUAUUCCGGCUGUCUUUCAAUUUCGACUCGGGGGUAGCAAGGGAAUUCUAACACAAUGGCCCGAAGUGCCUUUCAAUGAAGUUCACCUUCGACCCUCGCAAAACAAGUUCAAUUGCAGCUCCCAGGGCCUCGAAAUCAUCAAGACAUCUAGAUUUUCCGUCGCGACAUUGAACAGGCAGACUAUUAUGAUACUGAGUUGCCUAGGCGUCCCAGAUUUCGUAUUUGAACGUAGGAUGAAGAAACAGAUAGCAGACUAUGAGAGUGCAAUGGAAAACCCGCAUGUCGCUAUGCGAUUACUCAGCAAAUACGUUGAUCAAAACGGCGUCUCUACGACGAUAGCACAGAUGAUAGCAGACGGAUUCAUGAGGACGAAGGAGCCAUUUUUCAUGACUAUCCUAGAAGUCUGGCGUGCUUGGUCAAUGAGAUUGCUCCGAGAGAAAGCUCGGAUUUUGAUCGACCAGGGAGCCUUUGUCUUUGGCUGCGUAGACGAGACUCGUACGUUGCGAGGGUAUUCGGAGCCAAAAGAAUCUACCGAAUCAACCGAACCUCGUAACAAAAAAGACCCUAGCACACUAGCACAGAUAUUUCUUCAAGUGCCCAAGACAGGUAUUAAGCCAGGAGAGACGGGCGAUUACACGGUAAUUACCGGAAUAUGUAUGCUUGGGCGAAACCCGUCUCUGCACCCUGGUGAUAUCCGAGUAGUAGAGGCGGUAGAUGUUCCAGCCUUGAGACAUCUUCGCGAUGUUGUUGUAUUCCCUGCAGUCGGCGACCGUGAUAUCCCUUCCAUGUGUUCUGGUGGGGACCUUGACGGGGAUGAUUACUUUGUCGUCUGGGACCCCGAACUCAUACCUCCUGAGUGGAAUUACCCUCCUAUGGAACAGGAUGUCCUCAAGCCAAAGGCACUGAAGCGGGACGUAAGGGUUUCAGAUCUCAUUUCGUUCUUCGUGCAAUACAUGAAGAACGACUCGCUCAGUACUAUUGCGCACGCACAUUUAGCAAAAUGCGAUAUGCUCACCGAGGGACCCAAGGACCCGCAGUGCAUCGACUUAGCACGACUGCAUUCCAAGUCUGUAGAUUACCCAAAGACUGGCCAGGAGGCUCAUCUGAAGCCAUCGAUGCGACCAAGACGCUUCCCACAUUUUAUGGAAAAGGCGCCAAACAAGACUUAUCACUCGAAGAAAAUACUCGGUCGGCUAUACGAUCGAGUGGCCAAGGUCGGCUUUAAACCCAAGCUUGAUGGCGAUUUCGACGAGAGAAUUCUGCGUAGAUAUGCGCUUAAGGAUGAUACGUUAAAGGCGGUAAGAAUGAUCAAGAGACAACAUGACAAGGCAAUGAAGCAGAUCAUGAACCAACAUGAUAUCCAAACGGAAUUCGAAACCUGGUCAACGUUUGUGUUGUCGAAGCCUCGAGUUGGGAGCGAAUAUCGGAGGCAGGAGAUCAUGGAACCGGUGAUGACAAGCCACAGAGAGCGGUUCAGAGAAGCAUGUGUCAAGUUGGCAGGAUCUAGAGACCCCAAAUCUCUAUAUCCCGUAAUCGCCGCCGCCUACCUCGUCACAUGGGAAGAAGUGCAAAUCGUGCUGGGGAAGGUAAGAGGGGAGGAUCGCGAGCAAGAUCUCGCUAACUAUGAGAUCCCGUUGAUCAGCUUUCCCUGGGUCUUCGACUACGAGCUCGGCCGAAUCGCUACUUCGGAGGAGCAGUUCGAGCUUGAGGAAGUACCGAAGCCAACUAUGGGGUUAUUGGAUGAUGAUGUUGAUAAUGACGAUGAGGAGUUCGAGCGUCUUGUGGGUGCUGGUAUUAUUGCGGGCGAGGGCGAUGAUAAGAGCGACAGUUCUCGGGGACAGGAAACAUCGCCUCUUGCUAUUAGCCAGACUUUGGAGGAACUGGUUGUGCUGGAGGAGGACGAAGAUACGAGCAUGGAUGCCCUUGCUAGACUGGGUCUGAACUGAGUGGCUGACGGGACGGCUCUUCCGGGGGGAAGGGGGGUAAAGUUGCUUUUCACGCCUUGAGGAUGGGAUGGGGGGAUCAUUCUCAUAUUUCUGCUUUUCGCUGUAGCUAGGCUGCUAGGUACCUUAGGGGUAGGUACUAGGUAGCUGCCGACUUUAGUAAUCUGAUUUCCGUGCCCUUACUAUGUACUUUUUAUUUGAAGUGUCAUCGUGGCGUCUCAUCGCUUAGAUUUCUUUAAAAUUUCCUGUCGUGGUGAUCCCGUGGCUGGCACGGACCGUGGUGGGG